CGCUCGUCCUUCGCUGGGUUCCGUCCGCAGCAAAGUGAAGAGUGGCACAUCAUACGGUCUCAUCCUAAAAAAUACAUUCAGCAGGUUGGCGUCGUUUUGCUCCAGUCACCAUAGUCCUGCAGCGAGUUAUUGUGAAACGUGGGGUACGAGAACACAGUGACGGCAUUCCGGACGAGCAGGUUUCCGAAAACGGAACGGCUUCUCCAAUUGCAAAGUGGUUGCGUCUUGGCAAAUGUGCAAAAGUGCGUGCUGGUGCUCUACAGGAUAGAAGAAGCAGCACAACUCGACAGUUUAGGCAGUCGUCAGUUCAGUAGUCCGUAAUGUGCACGUGAUUCAGCUGCCGUAAAGGAGGUAAACGAGAUUGUCGACGUAAACAACGUGAGACGACUUUGCGAGAAAAAGAGAGCUGUAGUAUGAUUUGGCAGAUUCCUCUUUAUCAUUACUGCGGAUGGUGAUAUAGUCAGCGGUCCAAGUCCAUCACAUCGUCCAUCGUUACAGUACCCGCAGUUCGACUGUAGCGGCUCUUUAUCGACGUAUAACAUUAGUAUGACUUCACGCAACGGAUUGCCAGUGGCCAGUGGCCUGGUUGGCGUCAUUGUCACGGCACUUCUGCUCCUGCUGGUUCCACCCAAUGCUAGCCAAACGAUCACCCCCGAUUGCGAUGUGAGCAAGUGCCAACCGCUGUCCAAUGUAUCGGAUCUCUCACUAGAACCCGGCCAGAGGAUUCGCCGUGAGCUGGACACCUGCUGCGAGGUUAUGCGGCUGUACUGCGAUACCAGCGUAUGCCCACCGUUGAUUGAGUUUUGUGAUGCAGCGCGCACCAUCCGUCCCAGAACCGUACAGGGAAGCUGCUGUACGCUGCAACGUUGUGAUAAUCACUGUGAGGUGUUUGGAAGCGAUGGCGCGAGCCCAGAGAGCCGGCCAGUUGGCGAGAAGUGGUUCACGAUGGUGAAUGAGACGACGUGCGUAAACUACGAAUGUUUGCGUAACGAGGCGAACGAAACAUUCAUCAACUCGAUCGCACUACAAUGUAAUACGGUCUGUCCGGAGGGUUUCAUAGCACAGAUCAGUGACCAGCACUGCUGCCCACAGUGUGUCCAAGCGCAGUGUAAGUUCGACGACAACUUCUACCAGGAAGGCCAAUCCUGGGAGAGUGCCGAUGGCUGUCUCACCUAUCGAUGCAAGAAAGAAAACGGCUUUCUUUCGAUCAGCUCAAGCCGCAGGGAGUGCCCCACGGUAACGGGUUGUCCGCCGCAGAACAUUGUCCAGAGUGGAUGCUGCAGAGUUUGCAACAUUACGACCACCACAACGGAAAGUAGCAGGCAGGAGGAGAGUACUGUUGCGGAGGAAGAGGAUCGUGAAGCGAUCGAUUACUUUAACGAGCAAACGUACAGCGAUCAUCCCUGUCGACGGCCGUGCACGUUGGGCCGCAAACCGGAAACAUGCUACUAUCGCUUCCGUCUCGAGUGGUACCGAACGCUCAGCAAAGCGUGCUACAACUGUCCCUACAACAGCACGGACUGUGCUCGGCCACACUGCAUCACCGGCGAUGGUGUUCGGCGGAAUGUGGCCGUCAUUAAUCGAAUGAUGCCGGGACCGGCGAUCGAUGUGUGCGAGAAUGAUAUCAUUGUGGUGGACGUGGAGAACCAUCUGAUGGGUGAAAGCACCACAAUCCACUGGCAUGGACUGCAUCAACGGCGCACACCGUACAUGGAUGGGGUGCCGCAUGUAUCGCAGUGUCCGAUUAGUCCGGGCACUACCUUCCGGUACACGUUUUUGGCCGAUAAUCCGGGAACACACUUCUGGCACUCGCACACGGGCAUGCAGCGUGGUGAUGGUGCAUUCGGGGCACUCAUCAUCCGGAAGGAUAACGAUAUCCACGAGCUGCUGUACGAUCAGGAUCUGCCGGAGCAUGUGAUCACGGUGCAGGAUUGGGGCCACGAGCAGGGUGUGUCACUGUUUGCCUCCCAUCAUCACUCGACUGGGGACAAUAAACCACCGAAUCUGCUGAUUAACGGUCGGGGCAAGUAUUUCCAGCGGUUUGCAAAGGUGGCCCUUACGACUACGACCAGCGGUACGGUGGAGACGGAACCGAUCACGACGACAAUUGUUCCGGAGACGGAAACGGAUGUGAUUGAAGAGACGACAACAACUGCAAGUGUCGCUGGUGUCGGUAACGAUGAGGAUGAUGCAGAGCUAUUGCAGACCAGCGCCGGUAAUGUGUUAAAGUUUGUGCCGAAACCACCGACGGUGCUGCAUCGCCGUACGAAGCGACAGUCCCGGACGGUCAAUUUCAAUGCAGUGAUUGCUCCCGAAUCCCAGCACAUCCCAUUGACCGUGUUCAAUGUCGAGAAGGGACAGCGGUAUCGGUUUCGGUUGAUUAAUGCCGAGUUCCUAAACUGUCCGGUAGAGCUGUCCAUCGAGAACCACAACCUGACGGUGAUCGCUUCGGAUGGUUUCGGUAUUCAGCCGGUGGAGGAUCUGGGAUCGUUCGUAAGCUAUGCCGGUGAGCGGUUCGAUUUCGUGGUCAAGACCAACCAACCGAUCGGUAACUAUCUGAUGCGCUUCCGUGGACUGAUGGACUGUGAUGAGCGGUUUACGUCGGCGUACCAGUUCGCUGUAUUGCGUUAUCGGGGAGCACCGGAAGAUCAGGAGUACGAAUCGUGGCCACCGUACGAUUACGAGGCACCGGGUGUGCAGCUAAACUCACUGAACGCCGGUCCGGGAGCGGAGAAUGUGAUUACGAUCGCGGAAACUAACUCGUUGCAGCAGGAAGACUUGUUGUUGCUACGCAACGAGACGGAUUACAAGUUCUACGUUUACUACGAUUUUUACGGCAAGGAUAACCCUCACUUCCAUGUGCCGAAUCUGUACGGUUUCCAGCAGGUCGUGAACAACACGAACCGUCUGUACACGCCCCAGUUGAACCACAUCUCGAUGCGGAUGCCACCGAUACCGUUCCUGCCCGGGAAGGAUCUGCUGGACGAGGCGAGCUUCUGUAACGAGACGACAGUGCGGGCAGCUGGGCGUGAUUGUCGGAAUGAGUUCUGCGAGUGUAGCCACGUGCUGCAGAUACCGUUGCAUUCGACCGUCGAGAUGGUGAUGAUCGAUGAAGGGUACACGUUCGAUGCUAACCAUCCGUUCCAUCUGCAUGGCCAUGCGUUCCGUGUGGUGGGCAUGGAUCGGGUAGGGCGUAACACGACGAUCGAGGACAUUCGGCGGAUGGAUGAGCAGGGUCUGCUGCCGAGAAGGUUAAAGAAGGCACCGAUUAAGGACACGGUCACGAUACCGGACGGUGGCUACACCAUCAUCCGAUUCAUCGCCAACAAUCCUGGCUACUGGCUGUUCCACUGCCACAUCGAGUUCCACGCCGAGAUUGGAAUGUCGCUGGUGCUGAAGGUUGGUGAUAGGUCGGAAAUGAUGGACCGACCGGCCAACUUCCCAACCUGCUACGAUUUUAAGCCUGAACUGGGUGACCUCGGUAGUGAUGCGACACGCCUGAGCCAAACGGCGGUCCGCAGGCUAUUACUAACGGCGCUACUAUGCAUGCUGGGCUGGAUUCGAUUGUCGGGAGAACUGUGAGCUGCCCUAAGAUAUAGAACGCUGAUUUGUGAUAUAGUCGCGCUUAGAAAGCGGACAUCAAGCGGACAAUAGGAAGUUGUCGUAGGAAGCAGCCGUUGCUUAGUAUUACCAUGUACAAGGACUGUACAGCUGGCCUUAUCCUUUGGAUACCUGUUACAUUAUGACUCAGUUUUUAGUGUUUAGUACGCAUAGUUUUAAGACCGUUGACUACCCCUCCAAAACCACACUUCCAGACCUCACAGCCAACUGUACAAACCGUGAAGCGUGCUUUUAAAGAUAAGAAAUAAAGUCGUCAUCGACAGAAUGAAUUAA